AUGACACAAUCCCAAUCAAUGGACCCUGCAGCGGAGGUACAAAUCGAGGUGCUCUAUAUAGUACUGGUGUUUGCUGAUAUUACAUCGAUCUUGGGUGCACUCACUGUGCUUAUCUCAUUCUGGCGUCUAAAGUUGCUGAGAAAUCAUGUCACUCGCAUCAUCUCCUACUUCUGCAUCACCUCAUUCAUCAAGGAUUCAAUUGGACUGAUACUCACAUUGACCGGAGCCUCAAGUUUCAAUUCAUUCUCCUGUAUCCUCUACUCAAUCGUCAUUACUUAUGGCAGUCUAAGUUGCUGGCUUUGGACUCUUUGUCUUGCCAUUAGCAUCUAUUUGUUGAUUGUAAAGAGAUACCAGGAAGCCGAGAAGUUGGAGAAGUACUACUUCUUUGUGUGCUGGGGCAUUCCAAUUGCUCCAACAGUUGUGAUGUUGGCCAAAGACACGGUGGAGUACUUGGGAAGUUGGUGCUGGAUUGGCGAUGACUAUUCAAACUACAGAUUCGGCCUGUUCUACAUACCAUUCUUUGUUAUCUUUGCCCUGUCCGCCAUCCUCGUCGGUCUUACAAUGCGCUACACCUACCAAGUCAUCCACCAGGGUGUCUCUGAGAACAAGGACAAGCAUGGCACCUACCAAUUCAAGCUAGUCAACUAUAUUAUAGUAUUCCUUAUCUGUUGGAUAUUCGCCGUUGUCAACAGAAUACUCAACUCUCUUGGCCACUACCCGUACGCCAUCAAUCUGCUGCACACCUACUUUAGUGUAUCUCAUGGAUUCUACGCCAGCUGUGUGUUUGUGUACAACAAUCCUCUGCUGUGGCGCUAUAUUGCCGCCAGGGUGUUGGGCAUGUUUGCGCUGUGUGGAUGCUGUGUCGAGCGAUUCAAACGUCUGGACAGGAACAAGAACAACAACAACCAGUCACCCUACAGCUCGAGUCGUGGUGCCAACAACAAGAACAACAUCGACAUGGAAGAUAACCCCAACUACGAAGAGGAUGUCAUUGAGGAGGCAGCCGCCGACCCAACGGGAGCAGACACCAUCCCGCACAGCGGUGGUGGCCAUCACCCAUCCGCUGGAGGUGAGGCA